CGGUAUGCAAGAUGGCUGACCAGAGUAACAUCCAAUCAGCGGCUUCUAAGAGCAUCCGCCCAUUCCGUUCCAGCGAGGAGUAUCUCGACGCCAUGAAGGAGGACCUUGCUGAGUGGCUGAACACCCUCUACGACCUUGACGUCCAGGUGGAGAACUUCAUGGACGCUCUGGAGACUGGCUACGACCUCUGCCAGCAUGCCAACAACGUCAACCGCAUAGCCCUGGAGUUCCAGCAGCUGCACCCGGAAGCGGCUGCUCGGAUGAAGAUUCCGCAGAAGGAGGUCACCUUCCAGGCAAAAAACGUGGUGCCCGGCUCCUUCAUCGCCAGGGAUAACAUCUCCAACUUCAUUCAGUGGUGCCGUCAGGAACUGGGCAUCCAGGAUGUCCUGAUGUUCGAAACGAAUGACCUGGUGCUGAAGAAGAACGAGAAGAACUUUGUCCUCUGCCUCCUGGAGGUGGCCAGGAAAGGCUCCAAGUUUGGCAUGCUGGCGCCCAUGCUCAUCCAGAUGGAGGAAGAGAUCGAGGAGGAAAUGAGAGAUCAGGUCACCUAUGGAGAGUUGGUGACUGUGCAGGCGAGCAAAGAUCUAGGGCCCCAGUCGCCUGUCUACCCAAGCAGGACUCAGAGAAUAACCUUGUGUGACCUCAAGAAUCUGGAUGAGCUGGUAAGGGAGAUUCUGGGCCACUGCACCUGCCCUUCUCAGUUCCCCAUGGUCAAGGUCUCGGAGGGCAAGUAUAAAGUGGGAGAUUCCAACGCGCUGAUCUUUGUUCGAGUGCUGAGGAGCCAUGUAAUGGUACGUGUCGGUGGCGGCUGGGACACGUUGGAGCACUACCUAGACAAACACGAUCCGUGUCGAUGUAAUUCUCUCUCCCACCGCCUGACGCAGUCACGAGGACUUGCUUUCUCCCCACAAAAGAUGGCCACCCCAGGCAGCCCCCAAGCCGCCAGCCCCAGCACCCAGCGCCGGGCUGAAGCUAUGAGCCUGCACAAGUCCUCCGAACCCAUCCGCGCGGGUGAUAAGCGCACCGGGGACGCAAAUCAAGCCAAGGCGAACCGUCCAGGCUACCCGGGGGCUAAAGGAACUGGAGAGUCCGCUGCUCCGAGGCAGGUGCCCGGUGCUGCAUCCGCCGUGAGGCCCAACGGGAUACCCAUGAGGUCUGGGGCGUCUGCCCGGAGCUCUGCCAGCCCCUCAAGGGGGUCCGCAGCCCAGACCCACCGGGACAACUGUGACCCUCACGGCUCCAACACCCUGAGGCCCCCUAGAGUCCGUCGGCUUUCUGGAGACAGUGAUUCCUCAGCGUCGUCCGUGCAGAGCGGCAGUCUGCCCAGGAGACGUAACGAAGACGGCAGCCUGACGCUUCGGAGGGAGCCCGGGAGACGGGUCUCGGAAGGAACUGGUCUGCACGCCAAUGCCAGUCCCAAGAGGCUACCAGACAGCCGCAGCCACUCGCGAGAGCGGGGCAGCAUGCCAAGGCCUUCCCCGGGGGCCAGGAGGACCGAGGCGGAAGAUCGGAGCCGUCCCCGGCUGCCGAAUGGGCCUCGCAAGCCAGUGUCCCAGAGCCCUCGCCCCAGAGCCCGCAGCCAGGGGAGGCCUGUCGGAGAACCCGUCCUCCUGAUCAGCCGAGGGAAGGACGGGCAGCACUCUUGGGUGCGGUCCGAGGACCCGAAGGAGAAUGCGGGCAGCUCUGGCAGAGUCACCCCCAGGACCAAGAGCCCAGCAAGGGGCCCCUUUGUUCCUGCAGGUUCCAGGAGUCCAGCACUCACCAGCCGAAGGGGGUCUCUUCCCACCACCAAAGUUACGGACCCCUCAGCCCGGGCUCCUCCCUCAAAUUCUGGGUCCCAGAGGCAGCGGCAGCCAUGUUUGACAGCGCCACGAGUCCCUUCGAGGGAGCCACGGUCCGGGGGGGCCUCUCACGCCCAGCAGCCCCCAGACAGUUUAGGACAAGAGUUGGAGGAAGUAGCCCGCACCUUCCGGACCCCGCUGCGCCUGGACCCCAGCCAAGAGCAGCAGCUUUACCGGCGUCUGGAAGAGGAAUUUCUGGCCAAUUCCCAGUUGAUGGGCCAGCAGGAGGAUGAGGAGCAAGAACAGGUGGAGCCUCUAGGCCGAGGCUGCGACGGCCCUCGGCUCCUGCAGACCACCCCGGACCAAGGAGCUGCCGACUCCGCCUACUGCUCCUCCAGCUCUUCGUCUUCCUCCCUCAAUUUCUUCAGCAAGUACGGCCUCCAGGCCGAGUCCAAAGACGAGCCCAAGAAGAACCUCGCCUCCCAGAGGGCCUGGGCCUCUGACGCGGGCGCGGCUCCCUCUGACCUCCACAACGGCUCUGCUGACACCUCCAACCUCUGGGACUCUCCCGCGACGCUGGAGCGAGCCACGCGUUGGCGGAAGCCGGCCUUGUCGAGUUCCUCCGACGAAAGCAACUACUACGUGGGCCUGCAAGAGGUUCAGGAAGGAGUGGAACUUCCCGAGCCGCGAGCAGGCAGUCCGUGGAGCACCGUGGAACUGGCGGCCUCCGACGCCGACUCUGAGUCUUUGCAUCACGAAUUUGGCGAGGAGCCUCCGGCGUGGCCUCUCAAUGGGUCUCCAGGAUCUCCUCCCCCUGGGGAAGUUGUUCUCUGGCCGAAGUCGACCCUGAAGAAACCCGACCGCGUGCCUUCCAUCUAUAAGCUCAAGUUGCGUCCCAAGAUCAAGCCCCGCACAGACUCCCAGCUGGACAAGAAGCCGACCAAGAUCCCCACGCCCCUCAGCUACAAGGCCGUGGGGCCCAGCAAAUCUCCAGCAGGGGGCGCCUCGCCCAAGGGUAGCCCUUCCAAGCACCAGGCCGAGCACAAAACCUGGGCGGCUUUCCACAACAUGUUCUCCUCCUUUGUGGAGCCUGCCCGUGGCCCAGCGGAGUCGGGGGUGGCCGAUGAAGGCACGUGGGCCUAA